UCCCUGUAGCUCAUGCACGAAGACACGUAUCCCCAUCUCUCUCUCGUCAGUUUCUCUGGACUAGUUCUCUCGCUCCACCCCUCUCUCUCUCUUCCCCCAGGCCUCAAAUCACCUUUCCACGUCCCCAUUCACCCAAUCCCAAUUCCAACAGCUUUGUCCAACCCCCCUCUCUCUCUCUACACGAUACUUUUCAGAAUGGUGAAGCUAGCCUCGGCGCGCCAGAGCCGAAUGUACGGGCCGAGACAGGGCCGAAGCAGAGCCGAGUACAUGAACGCGGGCCUAUACGUGUUCGCCACGAUUAUGCUCGUGAGUGGCUUCGUGGCCCAGCUAUCCAAGGAGCCCAAAUCGGGCCUCGUCAUUCUGCUCAUAGCAUUGGCCCUCGUAAUCGUAGUGAACGUUCACGAUCUCGUCGCCCACCUAGCCGGCAUCGAUUUCCGGCUUCCGCUGGUGGGGUUCGACACCCAGCUCGCCCUCGUCGAGUUUGCGGUGCCUGUGGUUCAGGCCAUGGGGACACUCCUUUUUUUCUUGGGAAUUCUCUUUCUUUUUCUCCAGGAAGAAAAGAGUUACGGCUACUUCAAGCUAGAGAAGCAUGCGUUGAACAUGCUUAUAGCGGGGACUGUUUUAUGGGUUCUUGGUUCGAUUCACAACUCAUGCCAGAUCUAUGAAAGAGCAGAUGGGCAUCUCCAAAUCUUGCAACAAAGUGUCCACAUUCCAUUCUUGAUGGGGAGCCUGUUGUUCCUUGUGGGUGCAAUUAUCAACUACAAAGAGAAGACUGGAUUAGUCCAUCACGGCUUGGCGUUAUUGAGUAGGAGUUGGGUGUGGUUGGGUAUUUUCGGGAGCUUAUUGUUUUUCGUUGGGGGAUUAGCCAAUGCGGUGAAAGUAUUCAAGAUGCAACAAGCAAACGGAAUGCGGCUCGAGAAACUGCGACGAGGAGUGCAAGAGCGAUUGGAUCGAGGGCGGGAAGGCCAAAUACCACUCAUUCCAGAUGAGGACCAGAGGAGGAGAAAAAGACCUGCUGAUCUUCUGAAGGAGGAAGAUAAAUUGUUGGCAGUGGCUCCAGCUCCAACUACUCCUUACAAGGAUGUGCUUAUUGGCCAGCCCUGAAGUUUUGUCGAGUAUAACAGUCGAUUCUUCGGGCGGUUUCUAACAUCGUAUUUGUCUUUCAUUUUGGUACUUCUUCGUGUGUAGCUUCUGAUUUGAUUUCUUCCAUUCUCUACCAAUUAAAUCUAGACUUAGAUAAAUUCGUAUUUUUUUUGCAAGAGUCUUGGACUCUUGAUCAAUUCAUUGUUUUUUUU